GAGGAGGCCGGCGGCGCUUCCGGUGUGCGGCGUGUGGGGCCUGGGGAGCUGCCCGGGCCGGGCCGGGCCCCGCCAUGGGCAUCCUGGAGAAGAUCUCCGAGAUCGAGAAGGAGAUCGCCCGCACGCAGAAGAAUAAAGCCACUGAGUACCACCUUGGCCUGCUGAAGGCAAAGCUUGCAAAAUACAGAGCCCAGUUGCUGGAACCCUCCAAAUCCUCAGCUGCUAAGGGUGAAGGCUUCGAUGUGAUGAAAUCCGGAGAUGCCCGCGUGGCACUGAUCGGUUUUCCUUCUGUGGGUAAGUCCACAUUUUUGAGUUUAAUGACUUCAACUGCCAGUGAAGCUGCAUCCUACGAGUUCACAACCCUGACCUGCAUCCCAGGCGUCAUAGAAUACAAAGGAGCCAACAUUCAGCUGCUGGAUCUUCCUGGAAUCAUUGAAGGAGCAGCACAAGGGAAGGGCAGAGGUCGGCAGGUGAUAGCUGUGGCCAGGACAGCAGAUGUUGUUAUCAUGAUGCUGGAUGCCACCAAGGGGGAAGUGCAGAGGGCCUUACUGGAGAAAGAGUUGGAGUCGGUAGGGAUCCGGCUGAACAAAAACAAACCCAACAUCUACUUCAAGCCGAAGAAGGGUGGAGGUAUCUCCUUCAACUCAACUGUCACGUUGACUCAGUGCUCUGAGAAGCUGGUACAGCUCAUCCUCCAUGAGUACAAAAUCUUCAAUGCUGAAGUCCUCUUCAGAGAGGAUUGUUCCCCUGAUGAGUUCAUUGAUGUGAUUGUAGGCAACAGGGUCUACAUGCCAUGCCUCUAUGUUUACAACAAGAUCGACCAGAUAUCGAUGGAGGAGGUGGAUCGCCUGGCCCGGAGGCCCCACAGCGUGGUCAUCAGCUGUGGCAUGAAACUGAACCUGGACUACUUGCUGGAGAAGCUCUGGGAAUACCUGGCCCUGACCUGUAUCUACACCAAGAAACGAGGACAGAGACCAGACUUCACAGAUGCCAUUAUCCUGCGGAAGGGAGCCUCUGUGGAGCACGUGUGCCAUCGAAUUCACAGGUCAUUAGCCAGCCAGUUCAAAUAUGCCUUGGUGUGGGGGACCAGCACAAAAUACAGCCCUCAAAGAGUGGGCUUGACCCAUAUGAUGGAGCACGAAGAUGUCAUUCAGAUUGUGAAGAAGUAACUCUCUCUGCUGGUGCCUGGCCUCUGUCUUUAAUCACUAGAAUUGGAACUGACCACAUCAAAGCAAAGCAAAACACACACUCACACACACACUCUCACAC